UUCCGCGUGCAUGUCCUGCUCUUUGGGUUUGGCGAGUUUGUCAGCAGCCAGGAGCCCAGUGUCAGAAUCUACUGCUGAAAAUGCGUCACUUUUUUUCACUCUUCAUGCUUUUGGGUGGCCUGUGUAUCUGUGCAAAAGUUGAAGCUCAUAUAGAUAUAAAUGUUGUUGCCUGCAAGACCAAUGACACUGAUCCUGAGGAUAUGGUGGAGCUGGAUGGAGAUGAGAUUUUUUAUUUUGAUUUAAAAAAGAAUGAUGCGGUGUACACAAUGCCGGAGUUUGUUGGCCAGUUGACCUAUCCAACCUGGGCUCAGGGGGCACAGGCAAAUCAUCAGGUUUGCUUAGCCAAUGUGAAAGUGGUUGCUGAAGCCGAAAACAACCCUCCUGAGCAGAUAGAUCCACCCCAGGUCACAAUAUAUCCCAGAAAUAAAGUUGAACUCGGUAGAAGCAACAUUCUGAUCUGCUCUGUGAAUGAGUUUUUCCCACCACCUGUCAAAGUGAAAUGGACUAAAAAUAACAUGGAGGUGAAGGAGGGAGUGAGCCUGAGCCGCUACUACCCCAACAGCGAUGCCACCUUCAGACAGUACUCCUUCCUCCCCUUCACCCCCCAGAAAGGGGAUGACUACUCCUGCACUGUGUAUCACCAAGGGCUGACUGAGCCUGAGACCAGGUUCUGGGAACCAGAAUUUCAGGAUGAGUCAGACAUCGGAGAAACAGCAUUUUGUGGAAUCGGACUGACUCUGGGGCUGCUGGGAGUGGGAGCCGGAACCUUCUUCCUUGUCAAGGGAAACAACUGCAGCUGAGAAGGACAUUCAGGGUUAAGCAGUAACAGCUCUGAUUGGUCCAGUUAACAUGCUGACCUGUGUAAUUCAUUCUGACGUAACGUCCAAUCAGAUAAAGGAGUGGUUCGGGAAGUAUGCUGUGUAAUGUACUAGUGACGAAAGUAAUAUCUAUAUAUGAUGUAUGUAACUGGUUAAUAUGUACACAACAGGGAUCAUAUGAACAUCAACUUUAUUAAUAUAACUGAUUAUAAAAUUAACAUUUUACCUAUUUCAUCGAUUAUCACAAAUGCAAUUCUUGUAUAUUAUACCCAGUAGAAAUUUGCUUAUGAUAUUUCUGUCAGAAAACUUAAGAAAAUGAAAUUGAAAUAGUUUUAUGUUAUUUUAUUCCUUUCCCUUAUUUUUGGCAUCUUGAAUGCUUUGUUUUGUAUUCAUGUGUUUU